AUGGAGAUUAAUACUAAAUCUUUCACUCUUAUCCCAAUGUUAGUUCUUUUAUCAUUCUUUCAUUUUUCUUUGAUUUCUUGUGGUAAAAAUGUAAAUAGCUUCACUUUGGAUCUUAUCCAUCGCGAUUCUCCUCUUUCACCUUUUCACAACCCAUCAAACACUCCAUAUGAACGCCUUCAAAAUGUCUUAUAUCGGUCAUUCUCCCGAGCUUCCUUUAUAAAGAAAACAUAUGUUAAUCCAAUCCAAUCGACUCUUAUUCCAAAUGGAGGUGAAUACCUCAUGAAAAUCUCAAUUGGAACUCCCCCAAUAGACAAUCUUGUCAUUGUUGAUACUAGUAGUGACUUGACAUGGACACAAUGUAAGCCUUGUGUUGAUUGCUUCAAACAAUUGGGACCUAUUUUCAAUCCCAAGAAUAGUACUUCUUAUAAAACUAUUGGUUGUAACAAUAAACUUUGUCAAGGGUUUAUAUGUAACUGUUAUGCCCUUCCAAUUUCUCGAAAUGAUGAGUUCAACUCGAUAGUGCUGAGUUCGGGACUCCAUGGCACAUCCGAAAUGCAAAGGAAAGAGACAGAAGAGAGUCCAAUGGACUCAAACAAGGGGGUUCAUGCAAGGGGAAGUUGGGGCGAUUUAGGAGGAAUUCCGUUGGAAAAAUUCAAACAAAAUUUGAAUUUCUUCUACUCUUUUCGAAGCAACAGUGAAGGGGAUGAGAAAAAGCUCGCAAUUUUCGCUGGGAUUUUGUCUGGCGUCUGGUCACGUUCUUCGCUGGAGGAAGACGCUGGUACAGGGGUGGGGUAUUGUUGGUAUGUUAUUGUUGCUGGGUUUGGGUUGUUGUACAGUUUGGAUGAAUUGGAAUUAAGUAACAAUAAUACAUGUAAUUAUGAAGUGAGUUAUGGUGAUCAAUCUCACACUAUGGGUGAUCUUUCUAUUGAAACUUUCACAUUUUCUUCUACUUCUGGUCAAAAUGUUUCAAUUCCUAACAUUGUGUUUGGUUGUGGACAUGACAAUGGGGGCACAUUUACCAAUGCCACUUCUGGUAUCAUUGGCUUAGGUGGUGGCAAUGUCUCAAUUGUCAACCAAAUGCAUCAACAAAUCAUUGGGAAAUUCUCUUAUUGUUUGAUCCCAUUGGAAUCAUUGUUAGAUAAUUCCAAUGCAACUAGUCACAUCAACUUUGGCAACUGUGCGAUUGUAUUUAUUCCUGACGUUGUUUCAACUCCCUUGAUUAAAAAGGAACCAUCUACCUUCUAUUAUCUAAAUUUGAAAGGUAUCAAUAUUGGAAACAAGAUGGUGCAAUUCAAAUCUUCUCCGAUUUCUCAACCUAGUUAUGAUAGAGGCAACAUUAUAAUUGAUUCUGGCACAACGUUAACAUAUGUGCCUGAUGUUUUUUACUUGAAUUUGGAAUCGUUGUUGAUGCGUUCGAUCAAUUCUACUCGGAAGGAUGGUACUUAUGGGGGACUUGAUUUGUGUUAUGAGUCUAAUGAGAAUGGUACUAUUGAUGUUCCAAAGAUUGUUGCACAUUUUACAAAUGCAGAUUUAGAGUUGUCAACUUCAAACAUUUUUACACAAAUGGAGGAAGGUAUAGUUUGUUUGACAAUAGUGCCAGGAGGAAAUCAAAUUUCUAUUUUAGGAAAUUUAGCACAAGCCAAUUUUCUAAUUGGAUAUGAUCUUAAGGCUAACAGAGUGUCCUUUAAACGUACAGAUUGUACUAAGUAUUAA